GCGGCUCCUGGGCCUUGAGAUGCGCGGCUCGCGGGCCCGUGCCAGCUCCAGACAUCUGUGGAGUGUAAGAACACUAUGGAGCUCAUCAGAGUAUAUCACUGAAGAAUAUGAUGGCUGAAAACAAUUUUAAAAUGCUAAAGAUUCAACAGUGUGUAGUCGCCAACAAACUACCUAGAAACAGGCCAUAUAUUUGCAAUAUUUGCUUCAAGCAUUUUGAAACACCCUCAAAAUUAGCUAGGCAUUAUCUCAUUCAUACUGGUCAAAAGCCAUUUGAAUGUGAUGUGUGUCACAAAACAUUUAGACAACUAGUUCAUCUGGAAAGACAUCAACUAACUCAUAAUCUGCCUUUUAAAUGUAGUAUUUGUCCACGCCACUUUAAGAAUCUGAAGACAUUCGUGAAGCACCAACAGCUUCACAAUGAAACUUACCAGAAUGAUGUUAAACAGGUCAGAAGACUGCUGGAGGCCAAGCAAGAAAAGCCAGUGUAUGGAAUGUAUCAUGCUCUUACCACAGAGGAGAGAUGGGCAUUAUACCCGUGCUCCAAGUCUGAUCCUACACACAGCCCUACAAAGAAAAAAAAGAAUAUUCACGCGUGUACAAUCUGUGGCAAGCUGUUCCCGUCACAGUCAAAACUUGAUAGGCAUGCACUUAUUCAUACUGGUCAGAGGCCUUUUAAAUGUGUCCUGUGCAGUAAAUCUUUUCGACAGUCAACUCACUUAAAAAUCCACCAACUCACACAUUCAGAGGAAAGACCUUUUCAAUGUUGUUUUUGUCAAAAAGGAUUUAAGAUUCAAAGCAAACUGCUGAAGCAUAAACAAAUCCAUGCCAGGAAUAAGACUUUUCAGACUCUUUCAUUAAAGGUGAAGAGUCCAGAAUCAGGCCCCCUGCCUAAUAAAUUAAAUGCAAAGCAGGAUAGUUUUGAAAAUGGUGAUAUACAUGAAUCUGAGGAGAAUAAUCAACUUGAUGUCCACUCUAUUUAUAUUGUCCCUUUUCAAUGUCCAGAGUGUGAAGAAUGUUUUGAAUCGGAGCAGAUUCUCAAUGGACACAAGUGUUUUCCUGCCAGAAGUGGCAAAGUUCCAAGCCGGCUCAAAAGAAGCUACAACUAUAAAACCAUUGUUAAAAAAAUCUUGGCUAAGCUUAAACGAGCUGGGGGUAAAAAAUUAGAUAAUUUUCGAUCUGAGAAAAAAGUAUUUAAAAACAGUUUCUUGAAAAAUUGUGAACUUAUUUCUGGUGAGCAGAGCCCUGAACAAACCCAGAGAACAUUUAUGGGUUCUCUUGGCAAGCAUGGAACAUAUAAGACAGUUGGCAAUAAAAAGAAGAAAACGUUGACUUUGCCAUUUUCUUGGCAAAAGCACUUCCAGAGUCAAAAUAUGGGAAAAAACGUAAAAGGUAUUCUUACACCAGAGAACAUGUUAACUAUGGAUAAUUCUGUGAAUAAUAAAGAUGUAUCUAUCUAUGGUUCAUCAGGUGAGGAAUUCUUUGAAAACUGUGAAGUGCUUCAGUGUGGUUUUUCAGUUACAAAUGAAAACAUCUAUACUGGACAUAAGAUGUGUCCUUGUGACAAAUGUGAGAAAGUGUUUCCUUCCGUAUCUAAACUACAAAGACACUAUUUAAUUCAUACUGGACAGAGGCCUUUUGGCUGUAAUGUUUGUGGGAAAUCUUUUAGACAGUCAGCUCACCUGAAAAGACAUAAAUUAACUCAUAUUGAUAAGAUUCCAUAUAGAAAAUCUCUUUGCCAAGUAGAAUUGGAAAAUUUGAACAAACUUUUCAUUCAUCAAGGUGAUAAUGUUAACUAUAGUGCUUCCCAGCAAUGUCAGACUCUUGGUUUUCAAAAAUACGAGGUCUCAGAGUCAGAUCAAACAUCAGAAAUAAAAGUUAAGGCAGAAUCAGAGGAUUUCAUUCUUGGUACCCGCUAUAGGAACAGGCAGCCCUGUCUCUCUACUGCACUUCUGGAAUCAGAGCAGAGCCAUCAUAGUCAUUGUUGUAGUUAUUCAGGGCGUACUGAGAGGAAUGAUGGCCUUCUUUACCAAUGCAGUGUUUGUUCUAAAAGUUUUAGAUCCCCAUCUAAACUGGAAAGACAUUAUCUAAUUCAUGCAGGGCAGAAGCCAUUCGAAUGCUCAGUUUGUGGCAAAACAUUCAGACAGGCUCCUCACUGGAAGAGACAUCAACUUACUCACUUUAAGGAAUGACCACAAGAGAAAAUGGUUGUCUUAAAUUCAGUUAUGUAA